AUGAUAUUAAACGUUGAAUCUACAAAAUCUAAGGAAAUUGCUUCUACAAAGAGUACGUUCCACUCCAAAAAUCUAAAAAGAAUAUGGAACAUUGAGAACGGCCUUUGUCAUUCAAGAAAUGAAAAAUACAAGAAGUUAAAUUAUACUUUCCCUGAAUUACGGGACUCCAAAUUUGCUACUGAUGAUACAGCCUUAUUAAAAGCUAAUAUUUGUCAAGAUUUAUACUGGUCCAAUGAUGGAUCAUCUAUUAUAACAGUAAACGAUGAUUAUGGCAUUAGAGAGUACCUUGUUCCAAACUUUGAUGAACUUGAUAAUAUAGAUAAUCUUAAUGAGAGAGAUCAGUUACUACCAUUUACCAGAUUUUUUAGAAGUCAAUCGAUUAUAUCAAGUGCCUUAAAUAAAAGGCACUCUUUAUAUAAUGAGGAAUCAAAUCUGAAUAUUCUUGCAAUUGGGUCAAGAAAUUUACCAAUUCAGCUUUAUCAACUAUCUGAUAAAAGCUGUGAAUCUCCAAUUUUUACCUAUAAUACUACAAAUGUUAUGAAUGAAGCUUUUGAAGUACCAUUUUCUUUAGAUUUCGUAAAUGAUCAAUAUCUUUUAAGUGGAACUAUUCGUAACAAAGUAUGCUUAUAUAAUAUCAGUCGGAAAUAUCCAGUUAGUCAAUGGUAUGGUACCGGCAAUAAAAUUACUUCAAAAUCAAUUGUAUCAUGCUUCGAUGAAUCUUUCUCUAAUAAAGAAAAUAUGGUUAAAUAUUGCGGCACGUAUAACAACAAAUUAUUUAGAAUCGACUUUAGAGGUAAAAAAGAGCUUAAAUACAUAUUUUCUACACAGCAUGGGAACGGAUUUAGUCAAAUAUUAUUAAGUAUAAAUGAGCAAUAUAUAUAUGCGAUCAAAAGGUCGAGCGAUUGCAUUGAUGUUAUAGAUGUCCGCAAAUCUGACCAUGUGGCAAGUCAAUUACAACUCCCAUUUACAAUGGACUUACAAAAGUAUAAAGGGUAUUUAUCGCCCACAAACGGGCUGACAAUAGGAACAGAUAAUGGUCAUGCUGUUAAUUGGUCUUCUGCGCUGACAGAGUUUGGCGGCCAACCUAGAACUCGAUUGUUUACUUGUAAUGAAAGUAUUCAAAUUAAUUCAGAAACGAAUAAAGAGUUAUUAUCUUUUGGAGCACGAAUAAAUAUUAUCAAAGAAUGUCCUGUGGAUUCUAAUCUUACAGCUAUAUCUUAUUCUGAUGACAAGUUUAGUGCCGACACAAAUGAUAGCCUAUCUUUCCAUUCUGGGAUUUCAUUAUAUGCUAACAUCAUUUAA